AUGGUAAAGGAAGGCGAUGUCAAUGGAGAUACAAAUAUUGUCUCAAUCAGCAUGCAGAUGCACCAGUCCGUCAAAGACAGAAAUGAUCUGUUAGAUUGUGGCGGCGAACAUCACAAUGAAAUUGAUGUUAUUGCAAAGUGUGUACUUACAUUGUUGAAGGACUGCAAAACGGAGAUGGAAUACAUUGGGCGAAUCAUUUGUCCUUUGAGCCAAUCCGCAAGUUAUGAGAAAGGUCGCAAGCGCAAUGUCCGAUUUUUAAGUCCUGCAGGAAUAGAUCUUGGUGAAUGGGAAUUUGCUGCCGAAGCAACUCCAGCUAAAGCAGUCGGAGAUCUGGAUACGAUCAAGGUUCCAUUUUUGCAAAUUGCGGGCGUUUGCGGACAGCUGUUGGUAGAAGACCUG